UUCAACACCGACUUGCGCGCUAAGGGCACGGCGCUGACCAGCAUGGCGGCGUGGAUUGCCAACUUCAUGAUCGGCCAAGUCACCAGCAUUGCGCUCGAGAACAUCGGAUGGCGAUACUACAUCGUGUUCGCUGUUUGUGGAUUCACAAAUGCUCUGUUCUUCUUCCUGGUCCUACCUGAGACGGCGGGCAGGACUCUAGAAGAGUCCGACGCUUACUUCCGGGAGACGCCCUGGAUUGUGGUAGGCCACACCAAGAAGCUCAAGUCUACGGAGCGAGAGGAGCAGCUGGCGCGCGGUAUUCUC